AUGGAAGCUUGCCUGAUUGCUGGGCUGACGAUCACUUAUGCAAAACCGAACGGGAAGUCCGUCUUGGGUGUCAUUUUGGCGACAAUUGCCAAUAUUGGCGUCAUGUUUGGCGUUUUGGCUUACCACAGGGAUGCCCUGAACAUCGGUGGAAGCGACGCUCCUAGAAUUUAUACUUACACAAAGUUGAAGGCAGCUUUGCUGAAUGGUUACGACGCUGAUGCGCGACCAGGAAGUCCUUCGACCGCAGUUCCGUUGGAAAUCGGGAUGUACAUAACCACUCUACGAAUUGAAGAAUGGCAUUCAGCGCUUCAUGCGAACGCGUUCCUGUCACUGCAAUGGACUGAUGAACGUUUGCAAUGGUCUCCUGAGGAUUUCUCGGGAAUCAAAAUCCUUCGUGUUCCGCCAACUUCAAUCUGGGUGCCCGACGCAUCCCUUCAAAACGAGCUUCCCUCGUUCACAUUUGCUACAAAGGCGGAAGAAAAAUUGGUUCUGAUCGACAGCAAUGGAACAGUUCUCUGGGUCCCAAAUGUAGCCUUCAAAUCAACGUGCAAACUCAAUCUGGCAAAUUUCCCGGUCGAUGAGCAUGAAUGCUCUUUGGUUCUCGGCUCUUGGACUUACGACAAGUCCGAGAUUGAUAUUAAACUCGCUGCAAAACCCAUCAACAAAAUGGCUUUCGUCGAAUCGUCUGCUUGGGUGUUGCUGGAAUCGUCGGCAAAGGAAAAUGACCUCGUUUUUCCAGACGUGGAAGGUGUUUAUCCAAACACCGAAUUCACUUUCCGGUUGGGAAGAAGAGGAAACGCCUUUUGGUCCACCCUUUACGCUCCGAUUGCCGCUUGCCUGAUUGCUGGGCUGACGAUCACUUAUGCCAAACCGAACGGGAAGUCCGUCUUGGGUGUCAUUUUGGCGACAAUUGCCAAUAUUGGCGUCAUGUUUGGCGUAUUGGCUUACCACAGGGAUGCCCUGAACAUCGGUGGAAGCGACGCUCCUAGAAUUUUACAAUUCGUUGGAUGCCUGAUUGCACUCGAAGCCCUGCUAUUGCCGUUACGAGUUCUGUCCUGGAGUUUCUACGCAAACAAGCGCAGUUGCAUAAAAGGGUGUGUCAAGACGCCACCUAUUUUUUUCAAUUGUCUCACACGGCUUGCUGAAAAGUGCGAAAGAGGACGCUGCCAUGCUACUUCAAACAGCUAUUGCCAGGAUACUGCGCUUACUUCCACGGAAAAGAAAGGUCAACUGUACGGAAAAGAUGACAUGUUCAAGGAUUCUAUCGCCCAACAAAAGUUUGCCAACUGCUGGGGCUUCGCUUCAACCUUUACACAGUAUUCUGCUAUUCUUGUGCACUCUGUGAUGACAUCCUCUACCGAUGAGGAAAAUCAAUCCACAGCAGUGAGAGUAGAUUGCUGUGACGAUGAUGCGACGAGUAUCGUCGUCGACGCCGAUAUAAGUCCUUCAGAACCAGGAGAAACUGCUGCAGUUGAAGACAAGAGGAGUCUUCACACGACUGCAAGUUGCGAAACAAUCAUCAUGAGCAGUGAUCAGCCACAAGGUUCCAAAAUCAGUGUAAAUUCCCAACAAGAACCAGCAGCGGUAGAUUGUCACGACUUGGUGAAAAGUUUCGGUCGCCGCAAGACGAAAUCGCAUGUCUUGAAAGGACUCGAUAUGCGCGUCGAGCGGAAAUCCAUUUAUGCCUUGCUGGGACCGAGUGGUUGCGGGAAAACAACGUUGCUGAGUUGCAUUGUUGGAUGUCUGCGACCUGAUGCCGGAUCUGUUCGUGUUUUCGGACAAAAACCAGGCGAGAAAAAUUCCGAAGUUCCCGGAAGUCUCGUGGGUUAUAUGCCUCAGGACAUAGCUUUGUACCCGCAAUUUCACAUCAAAGAAGCCAUUUAUUACUUCGGAAAAAUUUACGGAAUGACAGCAAGUGCUGUGAAGCAACGUUCGGAGUUCCUCGUUGCCUUCUUUGACUUGCCGAACGCCGACAGGAUGAUUGAAAGUUUAAGCGGCGGAGAACGAAGAAGAGUAUCUUUGGCUUGUGCACUCUUGCACAAACCACCACUUUUGAUUCUAGAUGAACCGACUGUCGGGGUUGAUCCUGUUCUACGUCACAGCAUUUGGGAGCAUUUGAACGAACUGACGAAAACGGACGACACCUCUGUUCUUAUGACGACUCAUUACAUUGAAGAAGCUCGACAAGCUAACCGGGUUGGGUUGAUGAGAAAUGGAAGAUUGUUGGCUCAAGCAUCUCCGGAGUCAUUGUUAGCUGCUCAUGAAGCACUGACAUUGGAAAAGGUUUUUCUGCUCCUGUGUCAACAAGCAGACAAAUUGGAGAGAACUCCUGUGAUCUUCAGCAAUGAAUAUUCCUUUGAUUACGGCACUCCGAAUGGAACAACUGCUUCACCUAUGAAAUUGGAAGACAUUUCGGAAAAGCACCCUAUUUCGUCUGUGGUUCCGGUGACGGAGAAAUCAACCGAAAUUCCAGCCAAGGCGACGUUUGAAAACCCAGCAUUUCAGUUAGGAGACGAUCAGCACAUCGCAGUUCAAGAAACUGAACCAACAGAGAAGUUUUCUCCUGUUCCAAAGUCGCUGACAGAAAAGAAACGCGGGAGUGAAUGGAUUCCCAGCAAAACCACCAUGCAAGCUUUGUUGUUCAAAAAUUUCAUUUUAAUGCUGAGACACAGAGGAGCGUUGACGUUUGAAAUUUUGCUGCCACCUCUCCAAAUCAUCUUGUUCUUCCUCACACUGAGAUCCGGAGCUCAGAACCUGGUUUUAACAGUGUUCAACGAAGAGGCAGUGAAUAUCACAUCUCCAACUCAAGCAUUUUGUCGUGAAAAUGCGUUUUCUUGUGAACUGAUCGACUCCAUACGCUCAAAAACUCUGCAACCGGUUUAUAAGUCGUCGCUGGCUGAAGCAUACGAUGCAGUUAUGAAUGGAGAAGCAUGGGGAGUCAUCCAUGUGAAGAAAAACUUUUCGACUUCUUUGGCGAACAGAGCUCUUGGACCUUUCUUCGGCAAUCAUGGGAGCAAUAACAAAACGUUAGACGAGAGUUCGAUUCACGUUCGGCUCGAUAUGACAAAUCAACAGAUGGUGCUCAUGAUCACACAGUCGCUGGUUUUUUCGCUGACGGAGUUCUUUCAAAAAGUGGCGGAUCGAAUGGGAAUCAGCAGCUCUGUGAUUGGAGCUCUUCCAAUCGAGUUCGGAGACCCGAUUGUCGGUACGAAGGACUCCAAAAGCACCGAGUUCAUUGCACCAGGAAUUCAAAUAAUGGUGAUUUUCACGAUCGCCAUGGGAUGGACAGCCAUCAUGUUCGUCGUCGAACGACGUCAAGGACAGAUUCAUCGGAGUUAUGUGGCAGGAGCGAAAAAUUGCGAGAUCUUGAUAUGCUACAUGAUCAAACAAGCUUGCGUGGCUGUGGUUCAGAUCGUAUUGACCUUGACAAUGAUGUUGGCAGUGUUUAAAUUACCGAACCAUGGUUCGCUCGUGAUCAUCGCCUUACUCUGCUUCCUCCAGGGAAUAUGUGGAAUGUCCUUCGGUUUGCUGGUGUCAUGUCUGGUUACGGAAGAGACGUCUGCAAUCGUCAUUUGCUCAGGAAUAACGAUGCCAUCUUUGCUUCUCACUGGCAUGUGCUGGCCGAAAGAAGGCAUGUCGCCGGUUCUGAGAGGUUUCAGCGAAUUGCUUCCGCAGAGUUUCGGGAUGGAAGCGUUGCGCAGGGUGAUGUCACGAGGUACACCUGAUGCCGUUGAUGCGACGCGAACCGGUAGUUGCGUGGUGCGCGGAGUCGCAAGAAAAGGCGCGAGGAGUCCCCUGUUCCGGCUGUUCCCGAAUACAUCCCUAACGGGCUCGAAGCCUUCCAAGACGUCUGCAGGCGGGUCGGAGGGUGGCCACCCUACACCGCGCAGACAAGCUCAGAAUCCUCACAAUUCCCUUCCGGCCACAACUCGGCGUAGUUCUUUUGCUUCCACUCAGGAGCAGAAGUUCCAUUCCUCGUCAAGUCCUAGCAAAGCGAAGUUCGCUAGCGUAGGCGUCGCUCGGAAGACUUAUAGUUUGCGGAAUCCAUCCUAUACACCUGUAUCCAUGGCCGCGAAUGCCGCGAAGUCCCCUUCGCACUUCUACACGGUUGAAGUGGGGGACACAAAGUUUACAAUCCUCAAGCGGUAUCAAAAUCUCAAGCCGAUAGGUUCUGGCGCUCAAGGAAUCGUUUGUGCUGCCCGUGAUGGAGAGGAUGGACCUAUGGUUGCUAUAAAGAAGUUGAGCCGACCAUUUCAGAAUGUUACCCACGCCAAACGCUCAUAUAGAGAAUUCAAGCUCAUGAAGCUCGUCAAUCACAAGAAUAUCAUAGGUCUGCUGAAUGCCUUCACGCCGCAGAGAACUCUGGAAGAUUUUCAGGACGUCUAUCUUGUGAUGGAGCUUAUGGACGCGAACUUAUGUCAGGUUAUCCAGAUGGACCUGGAUCACGAAAGAAUGUCCUACCUCCUGUAUCAAAUGCUUUGUGGGAUAAAGCAUCUUCAUUCUGCUGGUAUAAUUCAUCGGGAUUUGAAGCCGAGCAAUAUUGUGGUGAAGUCGGACUGUACCUUGAAAAUUCUUGACUUCGGUUUAGCACGGACUGCAGGAACAACGUUUAUGAUGACUCCUUACGUUGUGACGAGAUACUACCGAGCACCUGAGGUGAUCCUGGGAAUGGGAUACACGGAUAAUGUAGAUAUUUGGUCGGUUGGCUGUAUAAUGGGGGAAAUGAUCCGUGGUGCCGUGUUGUUUCCUGGUUCAGAUCACAUUGACCAGUGGAAGAAAAUAAUCGAGCAAUUAGGUACACCUACAAGUGAAUUCAUGCGUCGUCUGCAACCAACGGUGCGCAAUUAUGUGGAAAAUCAGCCGAGAUACGCCGGUUACCCAUUUGACAAGCUUUUUCCGGACUGUCUCUUUCCCUCGGAUUCAACCGACCAUACGAAACUGAAAGCAUCACAAGCAAGAGAUUUGCUGUCGAAGAUGUUGGUGAUAGACCCCCAGAAGAGGAUAUCUGUGGGUGAGGCGCUCUUGCACCCCUACAUCUACGUGUGGUAUGACGAGAGCGAAGUCAAAGCUCCUGGUCCAUGUCUACAGCCUGCCCCACAUGUGUAUGAUCAUUCAGUGGACGAGCGAGAACACCUCGUUGAAGAGUGGAAACAGCUCAUCUAUGCCGAAGUGAUGGAGUACGAGGCGAAGCACUACUCUGAGGUUCCCGUGCCGCCACCUAACAGCCGUCUUCACCAGGCCCCGUCCCAGAAUGCAGGACCUUCCGUGUCAGUGUCGCAAAGUUCGAAUCCUCUUCCGCCGACAUCGUCGUCGUCUGACGUUUCUUCCAUGUCUUCGAACCAUUCGGGUGUUCCCGUCGCCAGUGGUCUGGAUUCUAACGGAUACGCUGACGAGACGGCGUCGCUUUCGCGCGGAGGGUCGGCGCGACGGUAAGCGGAUGUUUUAGAAAGGCAAGAUCUCUGAAAGCGGGGCUCCCAGAUAUUCUCUUGCGUUUCACUUCACAUGUAGCGUGUGAUGAUUUUUUUUUUUGAGGUUACCAUUUCCUUUUUCAUACCCCCUCCUCCAAAGAAGAAAACCUUUUGUACUAGCUUUAAUCUCCUGGUUCGUGAAAGGCUCAAAUUGUGUUUAUCCAGCUACUGUAUUUCCUUCGUUAACCGAAAUGACCGCCCAUUUUCAUUAGGAAGGCCGUAACAGUUCGUAUUUUUCAAUUAUCCGAAACCUGCAUGAAAAUAUUUUUUAUUUUUACUUCGUGUGAGAACUCAUUUCUUUAUUGCUUGCGAAAUGCUCCUUUUCUUACUUACAUACAAUGGUCUCAAUUUCGGUGUUUUUUUUUUCUCUGAAGCAAUGGAUUGAAUGAUCCGCGCCGAAGAUUUCGAUUAAAAUUGGACACGAAUCUAAUCCAGUUAUCAUUCGCCGAGAAAUCCGGAGUAAAUUUCUCCAUCUGUGCACAGCAAUUGUGUGCAUGGUUUCAACCAUUGAAGAGAUGAGCGUGCAAAUUGAACGCAAAGAAACCAGUCCAGUACUUCUUUUGUGAUUGUGUCUGAUGCAUGCUUUUACCGAGUCCGUGAUCAAAAAAAGAUGACCGGAUAAUCACCGAUGCGUCCUUGAGACUGAUUUCAAAUAAGUCCUGAAGUAUGGGAUGGCGGAGAUCAGAAACCGUAAAAUCCGUUUGAAUGAAAAUUUCCUUGAUAGUGAAUUUUUUCCUGUCGAGCUCAACAAUUUCCUUGAUAGUGAAUUUUUUCCUGUCGAGCUCAACAAGUCCUGGGCACGAUUAUAAAGUUAACGGGUCGAGGAUAGUAUUAUGAGAUUUCUUUCUGGGAUUCCCCGCUUUUCGCUUUACCUUGCUUUUCCCUGGUAUCGGUUCCCGUGACUGAAUGAGCAGUUUUCUGCAAAAUGUUCGUCGACGAUUCAUGAGCUUUGUGACUGACAGAAUUUUAAGCAGGACACUUUUUUUUUCGUUUCGCAGAGAGGCUAUCCUUUGAUGAUUUCUAACUAGUUUUUUUUUUUAUUUACUGUUCUAGAUUAUUGUCGCAUGUUUAUGAUUACGUCAAUGCAUUUUUUAGAGCAGCGUGGGAUGGCAUAUGCGGCACUGAUGUUCCGAAUCAUUUGAAUUUAUUGAUUGUGUUUUGAAUAUUUUGUUGACGAUCAUUGCUUUCGAUCAACGCGGUGACCGAAAUUUCCGGAAGUGCUUAAGGAGAGAAAUAUUAUGAGCUGUGAUAAUUUUUUCCAUUCCCAGCGUUUCUGUGGUAUACGUACGUAUUCGGAUCGGUUUCCUUCUUUCUCCCGAGAUAUUAACACCGAAAUGACGGACAGAACGUUUCGGUGUGGGUUUUUUUUGUGUGUCGGGAUUCACGUGUUUUUCUCCCUAGCCCCGUUACACCGUCCUUGCUGAACGCGUUUCUUUGGAAGUUCUGUUCGUGGUGUUUCAGCAAUCUAUUUCUCUCGCGGGAAAUUUUGGAAAAAUUGAGGAAAAACCCCGACGCUGUUUCGGAACGAUGUCUCGCGUGCCAUUUCCCCCUACCUGGAACAAGUGUGGCUUUGAAGUCCUCCAAUAGAUCUUCCUUCAACGCGGAGUAACCAACAUCGGAUAAAGCCCAUUGACAGCUAUUUCAGUUGAGAGUUUCAAAUAGCUUGAAUUCGUUCGAACUACUGAUCUAUGCGAAUUUUCGACACCUGACUAAUUUUACACACGAUAAAAUCGGGACGUGUCAGAGAAGCGUUGCGUCUUUGAAUUGAAUACGAAAUGCUGGUUCUUGGGAGUCUAUAAUGUACAUUCAUUCACCUAAUGCUUUUAUGUCCUCUUCAUAUCUCUUCCCAUCUGUCGAGAAAGUCUGAAGCAUGAUCCGGAAUAAAUGCAGUUGAGAGAAUGUCGAGUGCGGAAUCAAAAAGUAUAUGGUAACUGUUUACCUGCGAUUUUCUAUGUUAUUUGGUUUUUGCAGUAUUCCUUGCAAGGUUCAUUUUUCUAGAAAUACAAAUGAAAGAGCAUUUUUCCGGCAUGUCACUUCAUUGUAUUGCGUCUGAAGAGACAUUUUGAUUUCUAAAUUGGUAUUUUAGAGUUCCUAUUUCGCGCAAUAAAGCUCCUGGCAUACUGUAUUAGGAAGUUUCAAUUCAUCCGGAAUAUUCCAGAUUCUACGUAACGUUGAAGGUGACAUCAAUUAUGGUGUGUCUUAUGGAGUCAGACGUGUCAUUUUUUCGCAUAAAUGUGGUAUUGCUCGUGAAGCAACAGUCUGAACUAAUUGUUGUAGCCAUUCAUGAGCUCUCAUGUGAACUUGCUUUGAAAAUGCGACAGCCAGUCGCUGGCUUUGCGACUCUCAAAUUAGCUUUAUUGUGGAGAGUCAAGCUGCAGAAUUUGAAUGCUCCCCUUUUUUGAUAAUCCAUGACGAAUUAUUUUCAUUUGCCAUCUUCCCAUUACUUUAUGCGCUCAGUCGUCGUCGGAACAUUCAGGAUUGACCGAGCAGGUGAUGACCAGUGAAAUACAGUUUUUCGGACAUUUCGAGCGGAGAAGGAAGCAUGAAGUUCGGUUUCGUUGAAUGAGGGAAUCGGACAAGAGAAAUAAUAAAGCGAUCUUUUCAGUAUA